AUGGCCGCGGCGCUCCGCGCAGGGCGAAUCAGCGCCGCGGAUUUCCCGCUCGCCGCGGCCAGACUCGCAGCAGCGUGGAACGCGGCGGAAGACGCGCAGUUGAUUGGCGAGCCGCCUCGCAGCUCCCCCGCGGCGGCAGGCGCGCGGCGGAGUGGACGAGCGGGAAGCGCAGUAGCAGCGUGGGCGGCGGCCCAAAGUGAGGGGGGUGGUUCCGCGGCAGCGCGGAAUGCGGCGGCAGAUGUGGCGGGUGAACGGCAGGGAGUGGAGGACGCUCGCUGCGAGAGGCGCGCGGAGGGCGUGAAGUGGCAGUGGGUUACGGCGCGGGCGUCGUCGCUGGCAGUGGGGGGUGAGUGGGCGAAUGGGUGGCGCUACGUGGCACGGGGGCCGCGUGUAGAGCCCCUUCCUGCCCACUCCGGCCCUCUUUCCAGUUGCCUCUCCCCUCUCCGUCGCAUCCACUCGCCCCUCUCUUCCCUCCGUCCCUUCCCCACUCCCAAAUAA